CCACCUGCCAAUACCACGUUCCUAAGUUUCCAUGGCUGUAGUGCUGAGGACAGGGUGACUUUUAAUGGCAUGGAAAAACAUUCCUGUGUGGAUUGACAUUGUGUUCUGCUCACACAGUUGACUGCAUCCAGCUGAAAGUGCCAGUGAUUCAGCAGCUGUACCACUGGGACUGCGGGCUGGCCUGCUCCAGGAUGGUGCUUCAAGGAACAUGAGCUUAGGUGCAGGAGAAAUACCUAUUUAGAUGUCCACUUAGUAGAUAUGAAGCAGAAGAUUUUCAUUUCUCUCCAUCCCUUCUGCCAAGACGUUAGUCCGUGUGCUGGUACCUGAAUCAUUUGGACAAUGAUGAAUUUCAGAAAGCCAUCCAGGAACUCCAGUUAACAAAGAGUAUCUGGACUAUUGACCUGGCCUACCUAAUGCGGCACUUCGGAGUUAGGCAUAAAUUUUGCACCCAGACACUCGGAGUGGACAAGGGCUACAAAAAUCAGUCAUUUUACAGGAAGCACUUUGACACAGAAGAGAAUCGAGUGAAUCAGCUCUUUGCACAAGCCAAAGACUGCAAGGUGCUGGUGGAGAAAUGCACAGUAACCGUUCAAGACAUCCAAAACCACCUGUCCCAGGGUCACGUAGCCAUUGUCCUUGUGAACGCGGUCCUGCUACUGUGUGAUCUUUGCUCAAGUCCUGUCAAAUACUGCUGCUUCCUUCCCAUUGGACAGAAGUGCUUCUGCAGGAGCCCUGACUACCAGGGCCAUUUCAUUGUGUUAUGUGGCUACAACAAAGCCUCAGGGAGUAUCUACUACAACAACCCUGCCUAUGCUGACCGAACAUGCUGCACCAGCAUCAGUAACUUCGAGGAAGCCAGGACAAGUUAUGGCACUGAUGAAGAUAUUCUGUUCAUCUACACAGACAGUUGACAUCCACAGAGCACACUCCUGCUCCUUCCUGCACAGCCUGCACGGCAGCUGGCUGCUCGUCUCAGGACUCCCCUGCACACACCUCACUCCUGAACUGCAGUGGGACCUUCAACAAGGGAGGCUUUAUAAACAUUGACAGGACUGUAGUUCAAUGCUGUCUUUACCUUUUUUUCUGAUGAUGUAUCUGAUUUUGCAAUGUCUGUCUCUGGUUUUUUUGGUGGUUAUUUUUUCCCGUAAUUUUCAACAUUGCACAUUUGACAGCAGUUCUAAAAUACAGGCCUAGAGCCUGUUCACUUUCAGCUUAUUUUCAAAUUAAACACAUAAGAAAAAAGCACCAAAUUUAUGAACUUUAACACCUGGUAAUAUUUGCAUAGGUUUAGGUACAAACAACAACAACAACAAAAAAAUAGAAAAUAUUUGUUUCUAUCUCUGUCAAAGCAUCAAGGGCUGCUCUUCAUCCAAAAUCUAUGGAUUUGAAGUUCAGCAGAGUAUUAUAAAUGGAAAGAAUAUUAACUUAAAAUACUUUUAAAUAAUAAAAUAUGCCUGCUGGCUCAUCAGUAUUGUCUGCUAUGUAGGAAACUUCCCAUGUACCAAAUUCACAGAGAUUUAGCAUUUAUGCAACUGCAAUAUUGGAAUUGCUCCCUUGCACUACAAACUCAAUCUCUUUUGGCUAAAUCCUCUUGGAUGACUGCUCAGAGCUCCAGAUUGCUCCAAAACUUUCAGUGGAAAAAUUUUAUUUGCACUUGGAAGUCCUUAUUGCUCUUUGCAAAAAAGCUCUGAAAUGUUAUGCCACCCACAUGUGCCAGUUUCUGCAGAAUCCGUUCUAAAUAUGAAUGUUCUAAAUAUUUAAACUUAUUAAGCAAAUGCAGAAAAUCGUCAUCCACACUAAUGGUAUAUAUUUUGUGUGUAAAGUGUAAGUAUCUGACAGCAUCUACUGCAUUGUGCCUAAAAUGCUGAAUCAUAAUUCAAGCCAAAUUUUGCUGUUGGUAUUAGUUUAGUGACCUUCUAAGAAGAGCUAAAAUCAAUUAAGAAAAGAGGAAAUACAAGCAUACCUGCUACAAGUAAGAAGGCAGGAAUGUGGAUUUUUUAGCUCUUAUACCACAGCUGCAUUUGGAUUAAGUUGCUGCUGUAUUGAGACAUUAAGUGAAAUGGCAGAGCCCUUUCCUCUGUUACCUGAGGAGCACUCUGAAGUUUAAGAAAAAACCACUUAUUUCAGAUUCAUCUAUCCUAAUUUCUUGUAAGUCUCAAUCUUCAGUCCUGCCUAUAUGAAAGUGGGUAGGAGAAUCAGCACUGAUGUACAAUAGGAAAAUUUGCACUUCAGACAGAGAUCCCACAUCUCUGGCAUGGUUUUAGGAAAAGAACUGUUCAAGUUCUGGAACUGUGUGAAAUCACAGUAAAAGGAUAUCGUUAUGGAUAACCAGUGGAUAUAAUAAAUAGGAAUUGACUGUCAGCAUAGAAACUGUUUUUACCAAGAUAAACAUUUUCUUUUAUCAGUUGUUAACUAACUGAAAAGUAUACAGUGUUGACUAAGUACUUAGUAAAAUCAAGAGUGCUCCUUUGUACAAAGGCAGAAAAUAGUAACAGACACCUAAAAUGCAGUAAACCUUUAAAAAAUUCCGAACAAAAGCGCGUGACAUGAAAUCCUGUGUGUCAGAUUUUGCUUAUCAUUAGUGAAGUUUAAAUACAUUCUGGCACUGAUGAGGAACAGGUAGGAUGUGAUUUGUGUAGAACCAGUCCAUCAGUGCCACCAGCAGAAUCCCUCCAGAAGAAAGGGACAAAACCUAGUGUAGAUAAUGCCUUUCAACUCCUCCAAAGUAAGUAACAGAAGACUCCUGAUCUGGGAAUUUUUGUGUCCAGGGCCAAAAUUGUGAUGUUUGAUGUAGAGAGAGUGUAUUAGCUCAGUUAAUAAUUAACAGGUAUGGAAGCUACAGGCUGUUAGAGUACUUCCUUAACCCAUGCAUUUUCAGGUAGGUAGUUCAUUCAAUACCAUUAAACUGCCAAAGGAUUUAUCUUAGAGCAGGGCUUGAUUAGUUGAAUAAAAACAAUUCUUACAAAGGCU